AUUUCACUAGCAAACAAACCAUAGUAAAUUCAUUCUUUUACGAAAAAAUUUAUUUUUUUUAAUUUUUUUUGUAUAUAUUUUACAUAAACGUAAACAUUAUAUAAUAUAUACACUAUAUAUAAUACACAUAACAUUUUUUACCCCAUUAUUUUUACUAUUAAUGUUAAAAUUCGAAAUAUUAACCUCACUAAUACUGGUAUUAUAUCUUUCACCUCUGGUAUGUGGAGCUCCCGUAAGAAAUAAUUCAUACUGGGUAUUUUGGUAUUAUAGUAAUAACGGAGAUAGAAACUGCGGAAAUUAUUGUUAUUUAGUAUUUUCAUUAGUAGGAGCAAUAUUAUUAUGUAUUUGCGGAUGUGGAUGUUUGAGAUGUUAUUUUAUUAAAAAACAUUAUAAAGCUGAAAGAUUAGAAAGCAAUAUAAAUACUCAACAAAUACUUGAUCAAUGGGAACAUGAUUUACAAAUGUCUGAGCAGCAACAACUUCAAAAUCAACAACAAUUACAAUAUCCUCCACUUACACACACUCACGAUAAUCGUUAUAUUCCAUUAAAUAUUCCAGACGAUAAUAUACCACCUCCUUCUUAUAAUAAUAAUAAUACCUAUAAUCCCGAGUUACAUAAGCAUGCUUUAAGGCAAGAAUCAAAUUGGUCCGCGUAUAAAGCUGGAAAACAAUUCACAAGAGAUAAUCCACCAAAGGAAAUAUUACCACCACAAGAACAUUUAAAUUAUAUUAGAGAAUUAGGUGGAGUUGAAUCAUGGAAAUUUAUACCUGAAUCAAGUAUAUUACAAUUAAAUAUUGCCAGUGUUACAGAUGAUCAUAUAAUAUCUUUUCAUGCCAAAUUAGAUGCUAUGAUGCAAACGAAUUAUCCUUUACUUGAUAUGGAAUAUUCUAAAUUACCAUCUAAUAAUAUACCUUCAAAUGAUAAUAAUAGUCAAAAGAGUAAUAAUUUGUCCGUGGAUAUUAACUCUUAUAAUGAUAAUCAAAAAGGAAAUAAAAACUUAUCCUUGAAUACAACUCCUUAUAGUGAUAAUCAAAAAAGUAAUAAUAAUUUAUCCGUGGUUACAACCGGUUUGAAUAUGAAUCAUAAUAAUGAAUCAAAUGUUGCUUCUGCCUCUUCUCAACCUCUACCUCCUUCAUAUACUCAACAAUCAUUCGCUUUACAACCACCGACUGACAGUUGGUUUUUUUAUUAUGAAGUAACCAUAUUGUCAAAUCCAAAUUAUGAUAAAACGACAAUUGCUAUUGGUCUUGCCACAAAACCAUAUCCAGCUUUCAGAUUAACCGGAUGUAAUUUAAAUUCAGUCGGGUAUCAUUCAGAUGAGGGCAAGAAGUUUCAUAAUGACGGUUUAACUGGUACCAAAUAUGCAGAAAAAUGGGGUGAAAUAGGUGAUGUUAUAGGGUGCGGUUAUUACCCGAAUACUGGCCAAGUUUUCUUUACUAAAAAUGGUAAAAAUUUAGGGAUUGCUUAUACCGGUUUAUUACAUGUUUGGUUUCCUACAAUUGGUUCUGAUGGUGUUUGUAGUUUAAAAGUAAAUUUUGGACAAGAUGAAUUUAAAUACAGACGAGCCAACGGUAUGAGCGUUGCUGGUAUAAUACCUCAAAAUAUUGUUAAUCAAGGCAUUGAAGAAGAAAGUAUUGAAGAGGGAGAAAUUCAAUGAGAUAAAUACGAAAAUUGUUAUGACCCUUGAAUAAUUACGUUCGUAUUUACCAAUACGACUCCCGAAACCGCGUCGUGUUGAGGGGAACUGUAAUAUGUCCUGUUGAACGAAUUUUUCCAUUAAAAAAAAAAACCCUAAAGAACCUGGCAAAAAUAAUACACAUUUUUUAUUUUGUAUGCUCCCAGCUAUCAUAAUUUGUAUUUUAUUUAAUUAAAACAACGAAAAAAGGUAAUAUUUUUAGCACCAUUACAUUCAUUACUAUCAUUAAUUUUAAAUAAUAAUAUUUUAAUUUCA